AUGGUCGGCACUACGCCAAUCGCAAGUUUCCCAGAUACCACACCAGACAAUGUACCCACUAUCAGAAAGAUCACACUCGCCAACACCAACUCCACCAAUGUACCUGACUCACCCACCCUCAUCAUUCCAGGAAAGCCACUGACUACCACCACAUCCAGCUUUACCCAUGUCAUCGAUUCGCUUACCUUCAUCAUUCCAGGGGAGCAACUAACUACCAUCACAUCCACAGAUCACCCCACAUACCUUGCAGGGGAGCUUCAGACUACCUUACCACCUGCUAACCACACUCUACCUAUUCCAGGGGAGUAUCCGCCACUCAUCACCCAACAACCCAGUAACGACACCACCACAGAUACUAUACAUACAUCAAUACAUAGAUUCGCCUCCAACCACUUCUUCCCACACCAAACAGCACCGAUCAACAUGGUACUUCAACACCCCCACGCCCACCCGCACUUUUCGAACGGCCGACCGCAACUGUCGAGGACAUGGUUAACAGAGAACUACAAAGUCACAUUGCAAAACAUCCCACUUCGCGUGCGUCAAAAGGUCUCUUACUACCGGGUCGAAACAAUAGCAGAAGUCUCAAUGAACCCGCUUUACCCAAUCAGGUGCGUAUGA